AUGAAGAAGAUCAUCACCCAAUUCAGUGGAUCUGCACUAUUUCAUGUCAGCCCUCCCGGUGCAUUACCAUUAGACAACGGUCCUAAUUGGCCAGCCUGUCAGCACAAGCGCAUUGCCCCUCUUGAGCACAUAGCCUCCUACUCUAUUUCCACUCAACCUCGUAACCAACUCCGAGAUCCCAGAAUCCAGGAAGGUCUCGGCGGAGGACCAUGCACAGGGGCAGUGCGGCGUGAGGGAAAACCAAAGUGUUCGUGGAAGGUGAAGCGAUCAGUACGACUGCCUGGCUGGGAACUACGGAUGACGCCAAGAGUGGCUGUUCAUCAUCACUGGGGCUCAGCAUACAGAAGCGAUGCGCUGUCAAAAAUUGGGUAUACUGGGACCUUCAAUAGCUCAUGCAACAAUGCGGCGUAUCCUAUUAUCGCUUACACUGUCUCUUUCGCUCCUGUUCAUCAUCUUCAAAACCAAACACAUCGGAGACCACACCGCGACCGGUUUCAUCCCCUCAGACUUACCGAAUGCACUGGCACAACUCCCGGAUACUACGCACCGUGCCUUGCUCGAACAUUACCCAAUGCAGUGUCCGCUGAGGAGCUGAUCUACCCUGCAUUUACUAUCAGCCCUCCGAUAUUCGCUGCGUCCCGUCCCCAGGAUGCUGAACGGUGGUGGAACACAACCUGGAUGAUGUGGGAACGAGCUUAUGAGAUGAAAGGUCGAAUGCGGUAUCCUGAAAAGCACGGUCAGAUAUAUGUCUUCCAAAAUGUCACCUUAUCUGCAUCUACACCCUUCGACAAAUGGAUCAUGCAAUCCUGCAUGUCCGGCCUCGCUACAACUUCUCAUGUUGUACCUAGCAGCGACAAGCCCACCCAUGACAGCGUGCUGCUUGCGAAUUUCCCAGACUCAUGGUCAAUGCAGCACUUCCUCGACCGCGGCAUGCGAGUAGUGGCUCAGUCGCGAGACCAUCAGACGCGGUACGUAGCUACCGGGCGCGAGGGCCACAAGUCCGUCGAGGAGUUUUGGUCAUACCUUGGAUAUGCCGCAAACCAGGUGCUACAUAGCGAUACGAGUUUCGUAGCAUCGCAGCUAAUCUGGAGCUGUCGUGCACCGCUCAUUCACCCCUGGUUGACACAGAGGUCCCUUUCGCUCCUCAGUCCUGAAAGUCUUCAGCCAGUGGAUAAGUCAACUCGGAAACUAAUUCUAUACAUGACGCGGUCGAACGGACUAAAUCUCAACGCUGGCCGAGAAGUUCUUAACGAGGAUAUUCUCCUGGCAGAUAUCCAAGCACUUCUCGAUAAGAGAGGGAAAAGGGAGCAACUCAAGAUCUUCAACCACGAAGACUUUCCCAGCACAGACGCGCUGAUGCGCUACGUUCAUCAGAACGUGAAAGCUGUCAUUGGUCCUCACGGAAGUGCUUUGCAUAACCAUUUCUGGACUGCAGAGGAUACGCUGUUGAUUGAAUUUAUGCCAACCUCCAGGCCGGACUUUGCUUUCUAUGAGGCCGCAAGAAUGCGGGAUCAACCAUAUGCGGUUUUGAUGUUAGAUCCGGUGGAUGAUGAGCAUAAUAUGGAGGUGGAUGUACCCGCUGUAGUGGACAUAUUGUCAGAGAGGUUGGACCAGCCGCUGGACAUGAGCGAGCGACUGAAAGUAGCAUAUGAUUGGGAAGCGGAAGAGCUGGGAGUCAAUUAG